CAGUUGGCGGAGCAACGGCUGUAGGUGCGGCCAAAGAGGAGGAGCGGCGGUCUUCUGCUGUGCUAUAAGCAAAAAAUCCCCACAUUUCCCCAUUCGGACCUCUGCUUUCCAGCGGGAACCCUGUCGGAAGCGGACGAGGAGAAUUUUUUGACAACUGGGCGUUUGUUUGGACGACGUUAAGGCGACGAGUUUGGUAGUUUCGUGUUUACAUAACGAGCUUUCCUGGCGUUCGCAGGUCCUGCGACGGCGUAUUCAGGUCGGUAGCGUCGUCAGCCGCCUAAACUAACGGGUCAGUGUAAUAUUCCGUCUUUAAGGGUCAUAUAAUGUCAUUGGAGUGCGACACAAGUCGAGAGAUUUAGUCAUUUUUUUCGUUAUUUUGUGUUUUUUUUCCAUCAUUCAGAAAAAACAAGUUAUACAACAAACCAGGUUGGAGCGCUGCGGCUAGCGGAGUCCUAAAGCCCGCCGGGUUCACAUCCCACACAUUUCAGCGGAAAUCCCUCUCCUCUGCGGCCAGAUGCUUCACCGAUCAACUGUUUAUCAUUUUUUCCACAUUAUGGAAAAAGUCCUGUUAGAGCAAGGCUAACCAAAUAUCCGGGCUUUUUAUUUUUAUUUUUUAUUCCAAAGUGACUCUCCCCCCCCCAUCCCUUCUGAGACUAAUAACUCUGCGAAUUGGGAUCGAAAUCAAGCGAGUUCCCCCCCAAAAAGAAGACUGCUUACGUCGCUCACGAAAGGAAUAAGUGAAGGACUCGUCCAGUUGAGUGAUGGUCAUUAAUACGAUCCACUGGUUCCGGAAGGGCUUGCGGCUCCACGACAACCCGUCGCUGAAGGACUCUCUGCUGGGAGCUGACACCGUCCGCUGCGUUUACAUCCUCGACCCCUGGUUCGCUGGCUCUUCCAACGUGGGGAUCAACAGGUGGAGGUUCCUUCUGCAGAGUCUCGAGGAUUUGGACUCCAGCCUGCGGAAGCUCAACUCGCGUCUGUUUGUGAUCCGGGGCCAACCCACCGAUGUCUUUCCCAGACUUUUCAAGGAAUGGAAGAUCACUCGGCUGUCUUACGAGUACGACUCCGAGCCCUUCGGGAAGGAGCGAGACGCUGCCAUUAAGAAGCUGGCCUCCGAGGCGGGCGUGGAGGUGACGGUUCGCAUCUCCCACACCCUCUACGACCUGGACAGGAUCAUCGAGCUAAACGGGGGUCAGUCUCCCCUCACCUACAAGCGGUUCCAGACUCUCAUUAGUCGUAUGGAUCCGGUGGAGCUACCAGCCGAGUCCAUAACAGCCGAGGUGAUGGGGAAAUGCGUCACGCCGCUGUCUGAAGACCACGACGACAAGUUUGGGGUUCCCUCCCUGGAGGAACUGGGCUUUGACACUGAAGGUUUGUCUUCAGCUGUGUGGCCUGGAGGGGAGACCGAAGCCCUCACGCGACUAGAGAGGCACUUGGAGAGGAAGGCGUGGGUGGCCAACUUCGAGCGUCCCAGAAUGAAUGCCAACUCGCUGCUGGCGAGCCCCACCGGCCUCAGCCCCUACCUGCGCUUCGGCUGCCUCUCCUGUCGCCUCUUCUACUUCAAACUCACCGACCUCUUCAGGAAGGUGAAGAAGAACAGCUCCCCUCCUCUGUCGCUGUACGGCCAGCUGCUGUGGCGCGAGUUCUUCUACACGGCGGCCACCAACAACCCCUGCUUCGACAAGAUGGAGAGCAACCCCAUCUGCGUUCAGAUCCCCUGGGACCGCAACCCCGAGGCGCUGGCCAAGUGGGCCGAGGGCCGCACGGGCUUCCCCUGGAUCGACGCCAUCAUGACGCAGCUGAGGCAGGAGGGCUGGAUCCACCACCUGGCCCGGCACGCCGUGGCCUGCUUCCUGACCAGGGGAGACCUGUGGGUCAGCUGGGAGGAGGGCAUGAAGGUGUUCGAGGAGCUGCUGCUGGACGCCGACUGGAGCGUCAACGCCGGCAGCUGGAUGUGGCUCUCCUGCAGCUCCUUCUUCCAGCAGUUCUUCCACUGUUACUGCCCCGUCGGGUUCGGCCGGCGCACCGACCCCAACGGCGAUUACAUCAGGCGUUACCUGCCCGUUCUGAGAGGAUUCCCGGCCAAGUACAUCUACGACCCGUGGAGCGCUCCGGAGGCCGUGCAGAAGGCGGCCAAGUGCAUCAUCGGCGUGCACUACCCCAAGCCCAUGGUGAACCACGCCGAGGCCAGCUGCAUCAACAUCGAGCGAAUGAAGCAGAUCUACCAGCAGCUCUCCUGUUACAGAGGCUUCGGCCUUCUGGCUACAGUUCCAUCCAACUCUAACGGGAACGGCAACAACGAGACGUCCUCUGACGUCAUGGCGUUCCCCGCCAACGCGUCGCCCCACGCUGCAGCAGCCUAUCAGAUGCCGGUACAUUCGCAGGGAGACUGGCAGAGUGGCAUGAUGAUGUACCUGCAAGGGGAUCCUGGGAACGGCACACACAAGCAGGUUUCGAGUUACGCUCCGGCUACCAGCAUGAUGCGUUACACUCAAAGCAGCCCAAACGUUCCUGCCCUGCAAAAAGCAGCGGAGCACCAUCCCGUCACACAGACCAGCGGGAAACGGCACAACGAGGACUCUGGCCACGGCCGAGGCUCUAAAGUCCAGAGACAGAGCAACCACUGAGAAGUGUUUCUGCACGUUCUCCUUCAUAUUGUCAGCCAAAUAAAAGCAGACACUAAGGGACUAAAGGUUUACCUCCAGCACCGCAGUGUUGCAUGAAUGCACCUUCAGGAGGAUUGAAUGCGCUCGCACACAUCCCCCGAUUAUUAAACAGACUGUGGACUCUGAGGACGGCACGGCCCGGACGGCACGGCCCAGCCAGCGCCGCCGGGCUGCAGCGGCCGACUCACUGGGCUCGACUCUCUGGGCCCGCCUUUGGGUCAUUAUUGGCAGCGACAAACAUCCUCGUGUAUAUAAUAAAUUUGCAGCUCUCACAACUUGUACAUAUUUGGAUAUUUUAUGUAUGUUUUCUCUCCUUGUGUAGCCACAAACUCAUUGAUAUAUUUUUGAUAUGAGAAAUCAUCAUGGAUGAAUCUUUUGUUUGUUGUUUUAUUUUUGUUUUUUGAUAGUUCUCAGUAAAUAAAGAAUUUUAAAAACUGACUGUACGGGGGAAAAAAAAGACAUCCAGAAAAAGCUUCUGUGUUUUCUAACCAUCAUUUUCAACAAAGCUUGUUCUUUUUUUUUUUUUUUAACCACCUAUUGUAAACUUACAAGUGUUUUGGUUGGCCUCAGUACUUGUGGAUGUGUCUCAUUCCUUUCCAUCGUGGAGGCAAAAUAACAUUAACCAUCUUGUUGCCCUUCUUAGUAACUUUGGAGAAAAAAAAAACAAAGAGGACUAAAACGCCUUUCCAAUCACAGUGACUUCCCUGUAAAACCCUUAAUAAAUAAAUGUACCACCAACCAGA